AUGUUUCCGUCCAUGGGGGGUAUGAAUCCUUCCUACCCUUCACAGGGCCCUCCUCCACCCGGUGGCAUGCCGCCCCCUCCUGGUGGUGCACCUGGCGCUCAGCGACCCGCGGGAAGCAGCAAUCCCAACUACUUCACCGACAAGAAGAAGGGCGAGGUGAACGAGCUCAAGAACCUACUGCGGGAGGUGACCGUGGAGAAGGAUGUGAAGCGCAAGCGUGAGAUCAUCAAGAAGGUCAUCGCGUAUAUGACGCUGGGCAUCGACGUCUCUCGUCUCUUCAGUGAGAUGGUGUUGUGUGUAGACACCAAGGACCUCAUCUCCAAGAAGAUGGUGUAUCUUUACCUCACUAACUACGCGCAGAAGAACUCAGAGCUGGCUAUUAUGUGUAUUAACACGCUUCUAAAUGACUGUCGCAAUGAAGAUCCAAUGGUUCGAGGCUUAGCGCUGCGUUCGCUCUGCUCGCUACGUCUGGACUCGAUCCUCGAGUACAUCCACGACCCGUUGCAAGCCUCUCUCACCGACACCAGCGCCUACGUGCGUAAGACGGGCGUCAUCGGUAUCCUCAAAGUUUAUUCUCUGAACCCAGAGAUCAUCAAGGAGAGCGACAUGAUCGAUACCCUGUACAACAUGAUACGAGACCGUGACCCUCAAGUGGUCUCCAACUGCAUCGUGGCUCUCAAUGAGAUCAUGGCGGACGAAGGAGGCAUCGCGAUCAACCAACCCAUCGUCAUGCAUUUGUUGAGUCGCAUUUCGGACUUUAACGAGUGGGGACAGUGCAACAUCCUCGAGAUCGUCGCGAAAUACAAACCCACGGGGCCCGAUGAGGUCUUCACUAUCAUGAACACACUUGAGCAGUGUCUGCGUGUGUCCAACAGCGCUGUAGUGUUGGGUACAGCCAAGUGUUUCUUCAACUUGACGCAGAGUCGAGGGAUGGAGCCGAUCCAAGACCAAGUCUUUGAACGUAUGCGACAGCCGCUGUUGACUCUGAUGGCUGGAGGUAGUCACGAGAUCAACUACUGUGUGCUCCACCACAUUCUACUGCUGGUGGGCAAGAAACCACACGUGUUUAGUCGAGACUACCGGCAGUUCUACAACCGAUACAACGAGCCUACCCACGUCAAGUACGUCAAGAUCGAUGUCCUGGCUCUGGUAGCUGACGGAGCCAACGUGGCUGACAUCGUCACCGAGUUGAGCGAAUACGUGACCGACGUGGACCAGGAGCUGGCGCGUCGGGCGAUCCGAGCGAUUGCGGACGUCGCAGUGAGUCCCAAUCUCUCGGUUAACACAGUCCCGCAGCAGUAUCCUGGCGGUGGGAACGUUCCCGAAGCGUACGGCCAGCAAGCAGCUGAGCAACUUGUAGAGCAGAUGCAGGACCAUAUCAUGGACACGAUGGUGGACUUCUUGGAGCUGGAUCUCGACUAUGUGCGUGACGAGAGUCUCGUGGUAAUGAAGGACUUGCUACGGAAGUAUCCGGACAAGCGUCACGACGUUCUACCUGUACUAGGUAGAAUCAUUGCUGCGGUAGAGCAGCCAGCUGCGAAGGCUGCAGUAGUCUGGAUGUUGGGCGAGUUUGGACAAGAUCUGCGACGUGCGCCGUACGUGUUGGAGAAGCUGAUCGACGACUUUAACGACGAAGCCUCCUCCUCUGUGCUGCUGGAGCUAUUGGCUGCUACUAUGAAGUUGUUCUUCAAAUGUCCUCCGGAGAUGCAGAGCAUGCUGGGACGUCUGCUGGGCUCUGCGAUCAACGAGUCCAACCAUCAGGAUGUGCGUGACCGUGCUCUACUGUACUACCGGUUACUGGAGCAACAGCCCACGGACCAGGCGGCGGCUAUUGUGGCUCAAUUCCGCGGCGACGAGACGGUCAGUGUCUUUGCCGAGUCGGUGGAGACGGAUCUGAAGGAUAAACUGUUCCAGGAGUUCAACUCACUCGCUGUCGUGUACAACAAGCCGAGUGAACUCUUCGUGUCGUCUACGCAUUUGGCUGCAGCCGUCGCGCCUCUGGAUGAAGACGACGAAGAAGAAGAAGUAGAAGAAGUCGACGAGCAGUACGACAACAGUCCUGCGCCUCAACAGCAACGUACAGCGCCGCCACAGCCAGCAGCGCCUAGUAUGGACUUGCUGGACAUGGACUUCGGCUCGGCUUCUAGUGGUCCUCCGCCCCCACCUGCAGGUCCGAGCUUCGCGUUGGUGCCAACGCCAGUCAUGGACGCUGCAACGUUCCAGGGCCAAUGGGGUAGCAGGUCGGUGGUGGCGGAAGUUGUGGUGCAACUACCGACGUUGCCGCCUCAAAACGAACUGGAGCAGGCGUUCGCAUCGCGUGGCAUCGUCACGAUGGCCUCAGGUGACGUCGGUCCGCAGUACAAGUUUUUCUUCUACGCCCAGGACACGCAAGGGCGCUUCUUUAUGUCUGAGACGCUGGUUGAAAAGGCGAACCGGACGCUGAGAGCAACGAUCAAGGGUGAGGAUGAGGCGUCGGGAGCGCAGUUCGCUGACCUGCUACGUCGUGUCCUGUUCGGAUGA